AUGCACAACCUCUGGCGACAUGUCUACCACCCACAUGGCUCUUUUGUUCAUCAACCACACAUUCCGAUGCGACUGUACGAGCAAGCAGGCGCAUUCCGCGUGCUACCCUUUUCUGGCGACCUUGAUCCACCCAACAUCGAAAUUUCACCUGAUUCAUCGGCAACCUCGAAUUAUCCUGACUCACCUUUAGCCGCAUGGGACCCCGCGUAUGAGUUCUCAACCUUGGAGUCUCAUUUCGAAGAGGCGGUGGCCACUAUCGAGAAACGGGAAGGUUUGCUGGGGGUAGCUUCGGUUAUGAAGCGAAUUUUGGAGCCUUAUAAACUGGCGUACUCACUUUCCAGUGCGAACACGUUUGCGCCGCUCCGCCAUGCUCACAACCUGGUUUAUGGACGGACUGGUCUAGGCACUGUCUACGAUCCCGACAUGUGCCGAGAACCUGACGGGCAGCGCAUGGAGUUCGUUAUCGGAAACGAAUUCCGGUUAGAGCUUGAUGGAGAAGUAAAUCCUGAAAAGCGGAGACCCUUUUCGGGAACUCAUUUCAAUCUCCUCGCAACAGCGCAGGAGUUUCUUGGCACUUGGGAUACCGCAGUGCAUCGCAUGCUUUUGAUGGCUGCGCGAGCGGGGCUCAACCCGACCCAAGCAGCCUACCAACACCUUGUUCAUCAUAACCACGACAACGCGCGGGCCUUCAAUUACCUCCAUCCCAUCCUCUCGCGUGACCAACAUGCUCUCGGCGAAAUCGCUUACCAACAGGUUUACUAUCUUGGCUUUGUGGAGCAGGCCGAGCUCAUGCGGCGCAUUUUACGAAUUCGAUUUUAUCCUCUAAUUGAAGCCAAGCUUCAACAGCUCCGCAAUGACGGCUUCCUCGACAUCAACCAUCUCGCUGGCGACCAAGAAGUCUGGACUCGUCACAUCCCUGGGUUUCGGAGCAUCCUCGACACCUUUGAUAGUGACUCUGAUCCCGGUUCAAGUGAUAUCGAAUUUAUCGACCCAAUGGAUGACCGACUUUUUGCAGCAUCCCCAUCCCCUCCCUUUCUUCAGCCUGAUGACGAAACGGGCAAUAACUUUCUCGCCAACUACACCGAGGCCCAACUUCGUGAAAUUGCUGAUGAGCUCAUCGACUUUGGGCAGGAAUUUCUUGGUGAUGGUGAUAAUUUCUGGACUGCAACGAGAUCUUCUGGGCCAAGGCAUAGGUCGGUGUUCGAUAUAUACCAGAACCUGGAGAUCGACAGCCUCAUCCUGCUUCGCCGCCACAACUAA